UGUGCCCGCUCCAGCAAACAAACACCCAGCCGACCGCCCCGCACCUCGUCACUCCAGUGCUCCACUCCACCGCACACUCUCCAUGGCUCCAGUACUCCACUGAAAUCCACCACCUUCCCUUCCCAACCCCCCCAAACCCCCAAAAAUGCCGGCGCUCCUCCGCCCCCUCGUCCCCCUCCUCCUCCUGCUGCUCGCCGCCGUUACCACCACUGCAGCACCAGCCACAUCGCAUUCGCAGCCCACGCUACCCAGGCCCGGCGCGGGCGCGUCGCACUCGGAGCCCGCGCCGGCCCAAACCCUGCCUCCGCCCGCCGCCACGCUGGCCUCGACCCCGCCGCCGGCCGCGACCCAGGCAUCCCUCCUCGCCGCCUUCCUCGCCAAGGCCGACCCGUCCUCCCACCUCCGCCCGCCCCUCACCUCAUCCCCUUGCACCCACCCGGGCGUCACCUGCGCCGGCGCCGGCGGGUCCAACCAGAUCACCCACCUCGUGCUCGAGUCCGCCGGCCUCAACGGCACCUUCCCGCCGGGCACGCUCUCGGCGCUCGCCGAGCUCCGCGUGCUCAGCCUCAAGUCCAACGCGCUCCACGGGCCCAUCCCGGACCUCUCCGCGCUCUCCAACCUCAAGGCGCUCUUCCUCGCGGGGAACCGCUUCUCGGGCCCCUUCCCGUCAUCCCUCGCCUCGCUGCGCCGCCUCCGCUCCAUCGACCUCUCCGGGAACCGCCUCUCGGGCGAGCUCCCGCCAGGCAUUGAGGCGGCCUUCCCGCAUCUCACGGCCCUCCGGCUGGAUGCCAACCGCUUCGAUGGCUCCGUCCCGGCCUGGAACCAGUCGUCGCUCAAGCUGCUGAAUGUCUCCUACAACAACUUCUCAGGGCCCGUGCCGGUCACCGCCGCCAUGGCGCUCAUGGGCGCCGCCGCGUUCGCGGGAAACCCGGGCCUCUGCGGCGAGGUCGUCCGCCGCGAGUGCCGUGGCUCCCACCUCCUCUUCUUCCACGGCGGCGGCAACAACGGCUCCGCCGCCGAUCCCCCGGUGCAGAGCUCCGAUGCCACCCCGCAAGGGGAGGGCAUCAGCUUGCCGGACUCGCCCGCUGGGCCUCGCACGCUUAGAGUUAAAAGGAGGACCGCAAUGGCUGUCGCGGUUGGUUUGUCGGCUUUCCUGGCUGUGCUUCUUGUCUGCGCCGUGAUUGCAGCGAGGAGGGGCAAGAAGCGGAGGCGGCCGAGCUCGGCGGCGUACCCGAGCCCCAAGAAGAGCGCUGCCGCGUCGCAGGUGAGCAGGGAGCUGGAUAACGCUGACGUCGGCUAUGUUGAGUGUGUGCCGGAUGAGGAGACUGCAGCGAUGAUGAUGCCGGAGGAGAAGGCACGCCGGCUUGGGAGGAGCGGUUGCCUGACGUUCUGUGCCGGUGAAGCCACCAGCUACACUCUUGAGCAGCUGAUGCGCGCCUCUGCGGAGGUGCUCGGCCGCGGGAGCGUGGGGACGACAUAUAAGGCGGUCCUCGACGGCCGGCUUGUGGUCAUUGUCAAGAGGCUGGAUGCGGCCAAGAUCGGCCCGGCGGCUUCGGAAGCGGAGGCCUUUGAGCAGAACAUGGAUGUGGUUGGGCGACUACGGCAUCCGAACCUCGUGCCGCUACGGGCAUUCUUCCAGGCUAAGGAGGAGCGGCUGCUGGUUUACGACUACCAGCCCAAUGGCAGCCUGCACUCUCUAAUCCACGGUUCAAGGUCAUCGCAGGCAAAACCACUCCACUGGACUUCAUGCCUUAAGAUAGCUGAAGAUGUCGCGCAGGGCCUUGCUUACAUUCAUCAAGCAUCUCGACUCGUUCAUGGGAACAUCAAGUCCUCCAAUGUCCUGCUUGGUUCAGACUUUGAGGCUUGCCUUACCGACAAUUGCUUGUCGUUCCUUUUGGAAUCAUCAGAAAUCAAAGACGAUGCUGCUUACAGAUCACCAGAAAACAUGAACUCCAACAGAAGGCUGACCCCAAAAUCAGACGUCUAUGCUUUCGGCGUCCUUCUCCUCGAGCUCCUAAGUGGGAAGGCACCACUUGAGCACUCAGUCUUGGUGGCAACCAAUCUCCAGACCUAUGCUCUGUCAGCGAGGGAAGAUGAAGGUAUGGACAGCGAGCGCCUCUCGAUGAUUGUUGACAUAGCAUCUGCCUGUGUCCGGUCCUCGCCCGAGAGUCGGCCAACUGCCUGGCAAGUCCUCAAGAUGAUUCAGGAAGUGAAGGAAGCGGAUACAACUGGUGGCAACGAUGACAGUCAUGACAGUGAUCUUACUAGCAACUCCUAGGCAUUCUAUGGAUCAACUCGAUCAUCGUCCACUGGAUGCAUUAUCCCAAGUGACCAGUCGAAGAAGAGUGUUAGCAUAGGAGAAUGGAUGUGGGGUCAUGGUCUCUCUGACUGGUAUCUCUUCGAGCUCCAAAUUCUGCGAUAUAUCUUAGGAUCUCUUCUCCCUAGUGUAUGGAUUUUGUGGCCUGUUGCUAUUGUAUUUUCAGCACCGAUCUGUUAUGUGGAGAUUUAUUUGGAAAAGACCAGAGUGCUGUAGUGCGGUAAGUAUUAGUAGUACUGAUCUAAAUUAUUGCUACUGAAUACUGGUGAUACCAUUUCAGUUUUCUGGACA